GAACUGGUGAGUCAUUUUCAGAUGCUGGUAAAUAGAAAUUUCCCAGAAAAUUGUUCUGCCUGUUUCUGAACUCCCAUUUAGGAUGUUUGUCACAUCCACAUCAUCUCCUAAUGCUGGAUUUAAUCAGAUUUGCAGUCAAGAUCACGAAUCCUGUCAGGCUAAAGGCAUCCAGGGUGACGCAAUGGGAAGCUGCCCUCCUUCAAGGCAGCAAGAUGAGGGGAGUGAAAGCGCUGACUUCCCAAUGGUUUUCCCAACCGAAGAUCCAGAAAACAGUGAUGACGACAGCCAGGACAAAGUCUUCAUGUGCGCUUGUACCUGGAGAUGUUCUAUUUAAUAUUUAGAGCCUCGAGAUCCAGCAAUUUAAAGCAGGUAUUUUCUUAUUUGAAAAUGAAUUUUACAGCUGAAGAAGUUUCCUUUCCAAAGGUGACCAUUGCCUUCUUUACGGUGGCUUCCAUUUUAAUUUCUAUACGAAUUUUUAUGAAGAGCAGGCAACCUCGGCCACCAGGACCUUGGUCUCUGCCAAUUGUGGGGAAUCUUCUCCAGCUGGGAGAGUAUCCCUACAUUUCAUUUGAGCGCAUGCGGAAGAAAUACGGAGAUGUGUUUCAGAUAAAGCUGGGAAUGGUACCAGUCGUGGUAGUUAAUGGACUGGAUGCAGUGAAACAGGUGCUGCUUAGAGAUGGGGAGAGUUUUGCUGCCCGACCUGACAUGCACACCUUUUCUUUUUUUGCUGAUGGAGAGAGCCUGUCAUUUUCUGUGAAGUACGGAGAAAGCUGGAAGCUUCAGAAGCAAAUUGCCAGCAAAGCUUUAAGGUCGCUCACCAAAUCAGAAGCCACGUCUUCCACUUGCUCUUGUCUCCUCGAAGAGCAUGUUUGUGCUGAAGCUUUGGAACUGGUGAAAACCUUCGUGGAGCUCUCCAAACAGGCUGGUAGCUUUGACCCUGCUGCCUCCACUACCUGUGCAAUUGCGAAUGUUGUCUGUGCCCUCUGCUUCAACAAAAGGUAUGACCACGAUGACGAGGAGUUUCAAGGCAUGCUUAAGGUAAACGAUGAUUUCAUAAAAGCAUCAGGUGUCUUCAAUCCAGCUGAUUUUAUACCAUGCCUUCGUUACCUCCCGCUUCCUGCUGCAAAGGCUGCUCGAGAGUUUUAUAGGAAGUUCAACAACUUUGUUGCAAAACGUGUAGAAGACCACUGCACCACAUACGAUAAGAACCAUCUCAGAGACAUCACAGAUGCCCUCAUUAGUGUUAGCAAUGAAAAAAGAGAGGACGGGAAAGCUGCAGCUUUAUCUCAUCAGAAAAUAAUAGUGACAGUCAAUGACAUUUUUGGGGCUGGCUUUGCUACACUGUCAGUAUGUUUGCAAUGGAUAUUUCUGUACCUGAUAAGCAAUCCAGAAAUUCAAACGGAAAUUCAAGAAGAAAUUGAUGCAAAGAUUGGAGAAAGACCAUCAAGGUUUAAGGAUCGAAAAGUUCUGCAUUACACAGAAGCUUUCCUUCAUGAAAUAUUUAGGCACGCCUCCUUCCUGCCCUUCACUAUUCCUCACUGUACCACCAAAGAUGCCACUCUGAAUGGGUACCAUAUUCCCGCAAAGACUUGUAUCUUUGUUAAUAUGUAUCAAGUGAAUCAUGAUGAAUCUUUAUGGGAAGACCCUUACUUGUUUAAACCAGAAAGAUUUCUGAAUGAAAAUGGAGAGCUCAACAAGAGCUUGGCUGAGAAGGUAUUGAUCUUUGGAAUGGGAAUACGAAAAUGUUUGGGAGAAGAAGUCGCCCGCAAUGAAGUCUUUGUCAUCCUCACCACCAUCUUGCAGCAGCUGAGGCUGGAGAAACCUCCUGAAGAUCAUCUAGAUCUGAAUCCAAUUUACGGGCUGUCCAUGUCACCUAAACCAUACCGAAUUAAAGUAUUAUUACGCACUUGAUUGUGAUGAGGGCAGCAGCUUUGCUUUCAAAACUCAAUGAUAAUGCAGUUGAUGCAGUGAGAACUAAUCCAUGAACCUUCUGCGACUAUAUUGCAUCUGUCAGGAGAACCAUGCUGGGUUUUUUGCUUAUUAUGAUUUUUUUAAAUCACUCUGAUGACAGGUAUGAGAUUAGCUAGAGAGCGAAUUUAAUCCAGGCUCUUCAUGAGCAAGUUGCCCAUAUAUCUUUCAUGUUUUGUCUUGCAGGGCAUAGAACUAUGGGAGGAGGGGACAUGCAGAUGAGUGAAAGGGUGAAAGGCUCUUCUGCAGUGCCAAGACCCUGAGCUGGUGGAGGGAAUUGCUACUCUUAACUGGGUCUCCCAACAGGGGUGCCAACUUGAAUAAAAUACUGUGGGGGCCCAGGUAAGCCCCACACCGCAUAAUUGAUCACACGAUGCAGUGCACACACACCAUUUGAAUGGGAAGGCCCAUCAACUUUGUGGAGGCCCCCUCAAAUAUUUUAUUGUGGGGGCCGAAGCCACCACAGCCCCUAGGCGUUGGCUCCUAUGUCUCCUGAUGUUACAUCUAAUGGCUUCUGUAAGAAGGUGACCCAGAGGUUUUUGAGCCCACAGCUUGAUGAACCACAUUCUUUCUGCGGCUCCCCUGUUGAAGCCACUUACAGUGGGAUUCCAUUAUAGGAAGUGGGGAUUUCCCCAUAAGAGAGAGAACGAAGCUAAGAAAUAAGCAAAGGGGAAUGUGUAUCUAAGCAAAGAGUUGAAAGUGAGAGACCGUUCCCUAGCAAUGUGAAAGAGGGCAGAGAAAGAGACUGAGAGAUCUUACUCUGGAAGGUAUUGGCACCAUUCCAAAACCUGGUGCCUGUGCUGAGCUGAUGUCAGCUGCAGUUGAAACCAUCCGGGCAGCACCAGCUUGGGGAAGAGGUUGCAAGGUGUUUGGCAUCAGGACUCUUCUCCACCCUUGCCCUCUUCCUACCUUGCAGUUUUCUCUGGUGAAAUGGCAUUAGCAAAUGGACAUACUUCCCCACAUAAAAAAUUCAUUGCUCUUGUAACGGAACAAGGUAGCUGUCAACUGUUACCUAAACAACUUUCCAUGGUUUCGUUCUUGUUGCCAGAACCGGUUAUGGCUGAUGCAAGUCUGUUGCUUCUUGCAUGCAUCUGACAACGUGCGCUUGGGUCCUCUAAAGGCUAGGCCCAGAGCUUUUCCCCCCAGGGGGUACUCAAAGAUACCCAGUACUAGCACCUCUUUUGUUGUUGCUGUUAAGAAGUGUGACACUUAGUGUUAACAACUUCAUGGUGACUACCGGCACCUAUUUUUCUAGGGAAAAAAGCACUGGUUGGGCCAAAUAAAAUUUUUAGAUUUUAAAGAUCCCACCAGUCUUGUCAUUAUUUUAAGCUAUGUUUGCCUUCUUGUUUUACAUUAGUUCAUUGAACAAUUGAUAGACACCAGGGCCAGCUAUAUCUAUAAUGUAAGCCUAGGGCAUUCCACUAUUCUUAUGCGGGUAUUCUUAUAAGGCAAAAGCCAUUCACCUGGCCUGAACAAAAAGUUCAUUUAAAAAGCAAGUAGGUGGCAGAGGCAGUCACAAAACACAAUCUUUGACUUUAACCAGAAUGAAUGAGGAAAGAAUUUUCAAGAUUGCUUCUAAAAUAAAAAUGUGUUGGCAGUUCUUUAUCCCCCUGAGGCUUGUUGAAUGCUUGAACCAGCCUUCCUCAACCUGCAGAUGUUUUGGACAACAGUUCUAAUCAUUCUUAAAUCAUCUCUAACAAGCACUGUCUGUUUCCUUAUGCUCUGGUUUGGAUCACUGAGAUCGUCUGAUGGGGCACUUCUGGUGGUUCCCGAUGCCCAUGGAGUUUGAUUGGCCUUUACUAGGGAAUGAGACUUUAGUGUGUCAGCCCUGCUCUGUGGAACUCCUUGCUAGUAGAGACUUGGCAAUUUUCAUUCCUGUUGCCUUUUGGAUGUCUUCUAAAAAUGAUUUUAGUCAGACCUUUUCCACAGGAAUUUCUUUUCACUAACCAGUAUUGAUGUUUUACCUGAUGUUUUUAUUGACAUUUUUAUUCUCCUUAUUGUAAUUCUGUAUGCUGUAUUCCACCUUCUGUCCUGCUAUGGAAGUGUAGUCUAUAAAUAUUUUAAUAAAUACACAAUUGACAAUACUG